CCCACACCUCCCCACGCAGCCACACAUACCCACACACACAGGGCGAAGGACUGCCAGGGCGGGGAGGGGGCCCGGCGCUAUGGGUUAAAGCCCUCGAAACCCUCCCCCGAGAAACUCCUCGGGUCGGCCGGCGGGCCCUCCCGCCCCCCGCCAUGUCCGGAGACAAACUCCUUUCCGAGCUGGGCUACAAGCUGGGCAAGACCAUCGGGGAGGGCAGCUACUCCAAGGUCAAGGUGGCCACGUCCCGCAAGUACAAGGGCGUGGUGGCCAUCAAGAUGGUGGACCGGCGGCGGGCCCCGCCGGACUUCGUGACCAAGUUCCUGCCGCGGGAGCUGUCCAUCCUGCGGGGCGUCCGCCACCCGCACAUCGUCCACGUGUUCGAGUUCAUCGAGGUGUGCGACGGCCAGCUCUACAUCGUCAUGGAGGCCGGGGGCGCCGACCUGCUCCGGGUGGUCCAGCGGUCCGGGCCCCUGGCCUGCGGCCGGGCCCGGGACCUGUUCGCCCAGAUGGCCGGCGCCGUCCGCUACCUGCACGACCGCCACCUGGUCCACCGCGACCUCAAGUGCGAGAACGUGCUCCUCAGCCCCGACGAGCGGCGGGUCAAGCUGACCGACUUCGGCUUCGGCCGCCAGGCCCGCGGCUUCCCGGACCUGAGCACCACCUACUGCGGCUCGGCGGCCUACGCGUCGCCCGAGGUGCUGCUGGGCAUCCCCUACGACCCCAAGAAGUACGACGUGUGGAGCCUGGGCGUCGUGCUCUACGUCAUGGUCACCGGCUGCAUGCCCUUCGACGACGCCGACGUCGCCCGCCUGCCCCGCCGGCAGCGCCGAGGCGUCGUCUACCCCCAGGGCCUGGAGCCCGUCGGGCCUUGCCGGGCCCUCAUCGCCCACCUGCUCCAGUUCUGCCCCGCCGACCGGCCCUCCGCCGGGCAGGUGGUGCGAAACGCCUGGCUGCGCGGGGACUCCUGAGGCCCGGGCCCAGGGCUCGCGGAGGUCACCGGGGAGAGACCCUUCCCCCGAGGCCUCCGCCGCCACCACCCUGGCGGCCCCUCCGGCUCUUCGCGCCUCGGGAGAGGAGCCGGAGGGAAAAUCCCGGCCGGAGGGAAAAUCCCGGCUGGGGGGGACGCCCUCUUCCCCACCCCGCUCGCCCCGAAGACGCCGUCCGGAUGCCUCCUCUCUCCCGGAAGCCGCGCCCUACAAUAAAACCGCUUUCUUCCCUCCUCGGGGAAUCGGA